AACAUACCAAACGGAUGCGGAUGAUUUGAUCGAGCACGGAUCAUGCUGAUCGCCGGGUGGUCGUUGCAGUCCAUCGCUUAAUCAUGAACGGUAGCAGUGGUAGCGGUUCCGUUGCAGUUGUGGACCACCAUCCAAAGGUUCUUGCUGGUACGGGUGGGCCACGGCAUCAUACUGCGGCGAUUGCUUCUUCUUCGGCAGUGACCUGGACGACACACAGUGCGCACAAGUCAGCUAGUCGACCGUCGCCCAUUGGGCAGGCUAGUUUACCGCGCAGAUUGAAGCAAGAUGCAUUUGAAGCUGAACGAAAUGCGAGCGAAGAUGAAGAUGAUGGUGGUUCGGUGCAGAGUGAUGGCAACGAGUCUUCGUCUGGGACGGUGAGUGACUUCUCGGUUGAUGAGAUACCGGUGUGGAUUAAGGGUGAGCAACGAUGGAUAUCAGGCGUUUCGGAUGAUACUACGUGUGGAGAUUUGAUCGAGGUGUUGAUACAGCAGGAGCAGGGUGCUGGAAUUCCUGCGCCGGAUUUGAAGGACUACUGUAUUACGGAGAGGUGGAGGCAAGUGGAGCAGGUGUUGGAUAAUGGGACGAAAAUCUGGCAGAUCUGGACGGCGUGGGGGAAAGCGCAACCUGAGGUGAAAUUUAUUCUUCGCCGUGUCGACGGCUCCCAUGGUCCACUCGGAUCGGGAUCGGGAGGCACAGCUGCCACCGGUGGCGGAACACACGGCACGGUGGAGCGCGAUCGUGACAGCGGUCGAGGAAGUCCUACGGGCAGCAUCAACAGUGCAAUAGUGCGUCGCAAGCGGCACCGGGCACAGAAGUCGACCUUCGCCUGGAUGACGCACGGCCAGACCAUUCAUCCAAAGUCGUCCAAAACGUCGAUCGAACGGUUGAUGAAGUUGAUCCUCGAGCAGGGUGACAUCAUACAGCAGCAGCUGUCAAAGUUGCGCGAUCGCGAGAUGCAGAUCAACAUGAUCGAGGAGGAACGGCAUCGAUUGCGUGAGCGUGAGCACGGUAAAAACUAUCUCCUGGAGACGUACCUGAAGGGAUUGACGGAGGCAAUCGAGACGGAUCCGAAUGCGAUCGACAGUGGUAUUACUUCCGAGGCAACAACGACUGCUUCGCCGGAGAUGGACUUUGCUCCGGAGCACGACUCGGACAACAAUGCUUCGGCGAAUGGAGAAGCAUCGGUAAAGGAGCAGAUUAAGCUAUUGGAGAAGAUUGUCUCACUGAACAAACAGAUUCAGCGUGAGGAAGAAUCUGCGGUUAAGCUGUUCCAGAGGGUUCGACACUACCAGCUGGAAGAUCCUCCAGAUGAAGCAAAGACACAGCUUGAAGAGGCACUGGCAAAGGUGAACACCUCCAUCGACCAGGACACUCACGAGUUGCAGAUGCUUGAUGAGAGUCUUCGUCAGUCGGAUGUGAUGUUGCGGGAGAAGAACGAUCUGCUUCGAAGUCUCACGGAAGAGCUAAACCACCAGGAUGCGGUGGUGGAUGCCAAAGUCAUUAUGGACUUUUCUCAACCUACUCCAGUUAUGCGGCUUGACCGUGGUCAGGGUGAGGUUCAGGAUAGUCAUCAGCAAGUAGCUAUGUCUCAUGCAUCUCAUCCACCGUAUCCACCGAUGACAUUUGCACCAGGAAAACCUCUCCACAGCUAUUCACUAUAUCCGAUCGCCGAAAUCCCUCCGAAACCGGUCCCCGUGCCGGUAGGGCCAGGAGAGCCGGCAAAGAUCGUUAUAGCUAGCAACACUCUGCCCAGAAACUUCCAACGUCCAACGCUGGUAGCGCCAAGUGGAUUACCCGGACUAACGGUACCUUCGGAUGCAAUUUCCGUGCAUCAAAUCAACAAGUUCAUCCAGUGCAGCAAUAAUCUGGGCACGAACUGCAAUACCAACAUCGACGACAAGGUGUGCCCGAAGCAGUUGUUCCAUUCGGCCGUAUCAUCGGUAGAGUGUCAAAGCUCCGUGAAAGCGUUGACGGAGGACUUUGCCAACAUGGGAACGCUCGUGUAACGAGAGCAGGAAAAAAACAUAAUUCAAACAACUUUCGCAACCAAAUCAAACGAAACCGAAGAAUUAGCAUCGCGUUGUAGA